GGGGGUCUCAAACUUGGACGAAAACCAGACCCUCAGUCUUCCCCCAAGUCCCAAAUCAAACGCCUCUCUCUCUCUCUCUCCCCCUCUAUCUCUACAAUUCCAUCCCCGAGCCCGGCCCAUCAGCCGUAGACGUUUUCCAGCCGUGGCUCCAUCUGGCCUCUCUCGGAGAAAGCACUCUUCUUCUUCGCCUAAUAAUCAGACUGUAAUUUCUGCCCCGACCCGAAUAGUAUACAGAGAAGCCCUAAACCACCCAUCUUCAGAAUCGGACCUCAACCUUCCGUUUUGGCAACAGACCUGGUUCAUUGUCCUUCUCUUCCUCAUGGCCUUCUCUUUCUUCGCUCUCGCCGUUUUUCUCUUCCUUACCCUUGACCCCGAUUACUCCACCUCUCCUGUUUCCGCUGCUUCCGAGGGCGUUCAGAUUACAUAUGGUUCUGUCAUCAAGAUAAUGCAUGAAAGGACAAAAUUCCGCUUGCAUUCGCACGAUGUGCCUUACGGUUCUGGCAGUGGGCAGCAGUCUGUUACUGGGUUCCCAAAUGUUGAUGACUCCAAUAGCUACUGGAUUGUUAGGCCUGUGCCAGACUCUGGUAAGCAAGGGGACGCGAUCAAAAGUGGAGCAAUUUUUAGAUUGCAACAUAUGAGGACAAGGAAAUGGCUUCAUAGCCACCUGCAUGCAUCCCCUAUUUCGGGCAAUCUCGAGGUGAGUUGCUUCGGAGGAGAUGGGGAAUCUGACACCGGGGACUAUUGGAGACUCGAAAUAGAAGGAAGUGGGAAAACUUGGAGGCAAGAUCAAAGGAUCAGGCUCCAUCAUGUGGAUACUGGUGGUUAUCUACAUAGUCACGGCAAGAAAUAUGCACGAAUAGCUGGUGGUCAACAAGAGGUUUGUGGUGUGCGAGAAAAGCGCCCUGAUAAUGUGUGGUUGGCAGCCGAGGGUGUCUACCUCCCAAUUGCAGAGAGCAAGUAAUAGUCACAUGUAAUUCGUGAAACCUUGAGCACUCUACAUGUAGGUUUUUCAGUUAUGAGGGAUUUUGCCGGUGCGUCUUAGAUGUAUUGUAUCCCCUUUUUAUGUGAGAACAAUCUAAGUAUUCUCGAGCAUUACGGAUUUCUGUAGUUCAUAUUUAGUGACCUGAGAACCAUCUUUCCUCAAGCAAGUGGUUUAUUACUGUUCUUGCUACAGUGGUUUGUAAUGGUUUUAGAUCAAUGUAUCGUACAUUUAUCUGAUGUCAUAAUCAAGUCCCAGUUCUUGUUCUAAA